AUGGCCAUAGUAACAACUCUUCUUCUGGUAGUGCGAGGCAUACGGUGGGGAGGGCAUCCCCCUAAUUCUACCGAAGAGCUACGUUAUAGGACGACACUCGUACCGAUCGAUAUGCCGAUAGUGACAGGAGUUGCAGGCUCCAACAGUCAGGGUGCUAUUAGUCAGCAAAUCGGUAUGGCUGAUCCUUUAGCAGACUUCGUCGGGAUUCUUCGCCGUUGGGCUCGAGAGACGGGUCAUAUGCCCCAGGUCCCACAUAUGGAUUAUAGGCCUCAGCUCCCACCACAGACGGAUUAUAUACCUCAGUCCUUACAAAUGUUUUUGAGGACAGGUGGUAAUGAUGGGUUUGAGGACUAUUGUUUUGAGGGUGCAGAUGCAGAGGCAACCUUUCGGUCACCACAUACCCCCACACACACCGAUGGCACCGAACACGCCAUUGACGCCGCAUGGCUCCGCCUCUAG